AUGCUUAUUCCUCAGACUGGUGGAUCUGUCCAGGACAAUCCAGGGGAAGCUGCAAAGGAACCAGAGAGGGCCCAGGAGCACUGUCUGUCCAAUUUCGCCGGGGGACAGCAUUUCUUUGAAUACCUCCUCGUGGUUUCCCUCAAGAAAAAGCGGUCGGGGGAGGAUUAUGAGCCUACAAUCACUUACCAGUUUCCCAAGAGGGAGAACCUGCUUCGGGGCCAACAGGAGGAGGAGGAGCGACUGCUCAGUGCCAUCCCCUUGUUCUGCUUCCCAGAUGGGAACGAGUGGGCACCACUCACUGAGUAUCCCAGGGAGACCUUCUCCUUUGUCCUGACCAACGUGGAUGGGAGCAGGAAGAUCGGCUACUGCAGGCGCCUCUUGCCCGCCGGCCCUGGCCCUCGGCUCCCCAAGGUGUACUGUAUCAUCAGCUGCAUCGGCUGCUUCGGUCUGUUCUCCAAGAUCCUGGAUGAGGUGGAGAAGAGGCACCAGAUCUCCAUGGCUGUCAUCUACCCGUUCAUGCAGGGCCUCCGGGAGGCAACCUUCCCUGCUCCUGGCAAGACCGUCACCCUCAAGAGCUUCAUCCCUGACUCGGGCACCGAGUUCAUCUCCCUGACGCGGCCCCUGGACUCCCACCUAGAACACGUGGAUUUUCGUUCUCUGUUGCGAUGUCUCACCAUCGAGCAGAUUAUUCAGCUCUUCGCCUCGGCGGUGCUGGAGAGAAGAAUCAUCUUCCUGGCGGAAGGUCUCAGCACCCUGUCUCAGUGCAUCCACGCCGCCGCUGCGUUGCUUUACCCCUUCAGCUGGGCGCACACCUACAUCCCUGUUGUGCCCGAGAGCCUCCUGGCCACUGUCUGCUGCCCCACUCCCUUCAUGGUCGGAGUCCAAAUGCGCUUUCGGCAGGAGGUUUUGGACAGCCCCAUGGAAGAGGUGCUGCUGGUGGAUCUUUGUGAAAAAACCUUCUUAAUGUCCGUUGGUGACGAAAAAGACAUCCUACCACCCAAGCUUCAGGAUGACAUCUUGGACUCUCUUCGUCAGGGAAUCAAUGAGUUACAGACUCCAGAACAAAUCAACGAGCAUGUUUCAGGCCCUUUCGUGCAGUUCUUUGUCAAGACUGUGGGUCACUACGCCUCCUACAUCAAGCGGGAGGCGACCGGGCAAGGCCGCUUCCAAGAACGGGCCUUCUACAAGGCGCUGGCCUCCAAGGCCAACCGCCGGUUCGUGAAGAAGUUUGUGAAGACGCAGCUCUUCUCCCUCUUCAUCCAGGAGGCUGAGAAGAGCAAGACCCCGCCGGCAGGCUAUUUCCAACGGAAAAUACUUGAAUAUGAGGAACAGAAGAAACAGAAGAAAUCAAAGGAAAAGUCCGUGAAGUAAGAACUGUGGUGAUGGGACUAGACCAACAGGCCAGUUUGGGACUUGGGCCCCAGCCAACGUGGCAGAAUCGGCGAAGCUCUCAGCCCCCGGCAUCCAGUCUUCUCCCAAGUCCUGGUAACCAGGUCUUGCUUCAGGCUGGUGUCUUGAGUCUGGGAUCCUUGGGAUCAGCUUUCUCCAGACUUCAGGAGGAUCUGGCCUCGUGCUCAGAGCAGGGCUCACCUUCUGCAGAGGGGACACAGAGCGGGACAGUAGCACAGGUGUGAUGACACAUAGAAGUUGCUGUAACUGCCCGGCCCCAGGAACCACUACUACGAAAUCCUCCAGAGAAAGCAGUUGUGGCUCAAAGGCCACAUAAAAAGUCUGUGGACACAUGAGGAUAACAAUAAAAUGAAAAUCUUGUGGUUUAUAUGUGUAUUUUUGGCUUUCACUAUUGGGGAGGAGCAGAAAGACGCCGGGGA